AUGGCUUCUUCCGGAAAAAUCGCGUUUUCCGCCGUUAUCCUCUCGUUCUUCCUCCUCUCCUCGGCCCUCGACAUGUCCAUAAUCAAUUACGACCGGGCCCACGAAGUGGGCCCGGACCGAUCUGAGAGCGAGGUUGCGGCGCUGUACGAGUCGUGGCUGGUCAAGCACGGCAAGGCGUACAACGCACUCGACGAGAAGGAGAGGCGUUUCGAGAUCUUUAAGGAUAACCUUAGGUUCGUCGAGGAGCAUAACUCCGUCGACCGGCCGUACAAGGUGGGGCUGAACCGGUUCGCGGAUCUGACGAACGAGGAGUACCGGUCGAUGUUCGUGGGCGGGAGGAUGGCAAGGGGACCAGGGUUGAAGGGCCCGAGGGCGAGCGGGCGGUACGCGGUUGGGGAAGGCGAGAAGCUGCCGGAGUCUGUUGACUGGAGGGAGAAAGGCGCCGUCGCUCCGGUCAAAGAUCAGGGCCAAUGCGGGAGUUGCUGGGCUUUCUCAACGGUUGCCGCUAUUGAAGGUGUAAAUAAGAUAGUAACUGGGGACUUGAAAGUCUUGUCCGAGCAAGAACUCGUCGAUUGUGACAGGUCAUACAACCAGGGUUGUAAUGGUGGUCUAAUGGACUACGGCUUUCAGUUUGUGAUUGACAAUGGUGGUCUCGACACAGAGGAUGAUUACCCGUACCAUGCUCGUGAUGGCACUUGCGACAGCUCUCGGAAAAAUGCACGUGUGGUCUCAAUAGAUUCGUACGAGGAUGUUCCGGAGAAUGACGAACAAGCUCUAAAGAAGGCUGUGGCCCAUCAACCAGUCAGUGUCGCCAUUGAAGCGGGAGGCAGAGCUUUCCAGCUCUACCAGUCGGGUGUUUUCACCGGACACUGUGGGACUGACUUGGACCAUGGUGUGGUUGCCGUGGGCUAUGGCUCGGAAAACGGUCAGGACUAUUGGAUCGUGAGGAACUCGUGGGGCCCGAGCUGGGGCGAGAGCGGCUACAUCCGCCUCGAGCGCAACUUGGCCAACGCCGCCUCAGGCAAAUGCGGUAUUGCGGUCGAGGCCUCUUACCCGGUCAAGACGGGCCAGAACCCUCCCAAGCCCGGCCCAUCUCCUCCGACCCCUGUGAAGCCACCCACGGCUUGCGAUAAGUACUCUUCUUGCCCGGAGGGCACCACUUGCUGCUGUGUGUAUGAGUACGGGAGAUUCUGCCUCGCCUGGGGCUGCUGCCCGAUGGAGUCGGCCACUUGUUGUGACGACCACUCGAGCUGCUGCCCGCAUGAGUAUCCUGUUUGCGACGUUGAUGCAGGCACCUGCUUGAUGAGUAAGGAUAGCCCAAUAGGAGUGCCGGCCUUGAAAAGAGGGAAGGCUGAUCUGGACUGGUCGAGUCUGCUUGCCGGUGCUAGAAAGUUCAGCAGCAUUUGA